CUCUACGUACUGUCUUCAACUCUCAUUCAUUUCAUUUCUCAAAGCUCAGUCAUUCAACUCCCAUAGCCCUGAUGAGAAGAAGCCUCCUCAAAACUCUUCCCCAUCUCUCUGCAACCCAUCUCCAUCUCCAUCCUCCUCCACCUCUCCGUCCGUACAAAAAUGGUUGGCGACUCCCACACCCCUCAAAACCGGGCCCCACAUCACCUUACACCUCACAUCCCAGGGGUGUAUUCGCCACCUCUCUUCCCCCACCACCAGAAUGGGUGGAACCCUUCAACGAUGUCUCUGACAUAGCCUCGACCCGCAAAAACCUCGACCCAUCUCCUUGGGUGGCCCAAAUUCUCAAUCUCCUUGAUGGGUCCUCGGCCAUGGGGGCCAACUUGGACUGUUUCUGUCGCAAGUUCUUGAUCAGGUUGCCCCCUAGCUUUGUUUCAUUUGUUUUGCAGUCUGUUAAACUUCGUGAGCAGCCCGGUAUUGCUUUGCAGUUCUUUUCUUGGGCUGGUAAGCAAAAGGGUUAUGCCCAUAGUAUUGAAUGUUAUGUGUCUUUGAUUGAGGUUUUAUCUUUAUGUGGUGAUGUCGAUAGGAUUGCGUGUGUUCUUAAGGAGUUUAAGGAGAUGGGUUUUAUGAUGACGGUGUCAGCCGCUAAUUCUUUGAUUAAGAGCUUAGGGAGUGUGGGAAUGGUUGAGGAAUUGUUGUGGGUGUGGCGUAGAAUGAAGGAUAAUGGGAUUGAUCCGGGUUUGUAUACGUAUAAUUUCUUGGUGAACGGGUUGGUCAAUUCGAUGUUUAUUGAGUCAGCUGAACGGGUUCUUGAGGUAAUGGAAAGUGGGAGAGUAGGACCGGAUGUUGUGACGUAUAAUACGAUGAUCAAAGGGUAUUGUAAGGUGGGAAAGAGGAAGAAGGCAAUGGAGAAGUUUAGAGAUAUGGAGGUGAGGAAUGUGGAGCCUGAUAAGAUUACUUAUAUGACUUUGAUGCAGGCAUGUUAUUCCGAUCGAGAUUUUGAUGCUUGUUUGGGUCUUUAUCAUGAAAUGGAGGAGAAGGGGUUGGAAAUUCCAGGUCAUGCUUAUUGUUUAGUGAUUGGUGCGCUUUGUAAGGAUGGGAAGUGUGCAGAAGGAUAUGCUGUGUUUCAAAGUAUGAUUCAGAAGGGCUGUAAAGCAAAUGUGGCAAUUUAUACGGCUCUCAUUGAUUCUUAUGCAAAAGGUGGGAACAUGGAACAGGCAAUAUGGCUUUUUCAUAGGAUGAAGAAUGACGGUUUUGAACCGGAUGAGGUUACUUAUGGGGUUAUUGUUAAUGGCCUGUGUAAGGUUGGGAGAUUGGAGGAAGCCAUGGAGUACUUUGAGUUUUGUAGCAGUAAUGGGGUUGUGGUAAAUGCUAUGUUUUAUUCUAGUUUAAUUGAUGGUCUUGGAAAGGCUGGGAGAGUGGAUGAAGCUGAAAGGCUUUUCGAAGAAAUGGUUGAGAAGGGAUGUACACGGGAUUCAUAUUGCUACAAUGCCCUUAUUGAUGCCCUGGCUAAGUGUGGCAAAAUUGAAGAAGCAUUAGCACUCUUUAAGAGGAUGGAAGAGGAAGGUUGUGAUCAGACAGUUUAUACAUUCACAAUACUUGUCAGUGGACUGUUCAAUGAGCAUAGAAAUGAAGAGGCAUUGACGAUGUGGGACAUGAUGAUUGAUAAGGGUAUCACACCAACUGCAGCUUCUUUCAGGGCUCUUUCAAUUGGCCUCUGCCUUUCAGGAAAGGUAGCUAGGGCUUGCAAGAUACUAGAUGAACUAGCUCCAAUGGGUAUUGUCCCCGAGACAGCUUUCGAGGAUAUGAUCAAUGUGCUGUGCAAAGCUGGCCGCAUUAAGGAGGCCUGCAAGCUGGCUGAUGGGAUUGUUGAUAGGGGUAGAGAAAUACCCGGGAGGGUUCGUACUAUUGUAAUCAAUGCCUUGCGGAAAGCAGGCAAUGCAGACUUGGCCAUGAAGUUGAUUCAUAGUAAGAUUGGGAUUGGAUAUGAUAGAAUGGGCAGCAUUAAAAGGCGAGUGAAGUUCCGGAUUCUGUUUGACAGUUGAGUCUUCCGCUAGAUUUUUUGCUAUGUAAUCGAAAGUUGGCAUCAGAGUGUCUACCCUGUAAAGAUAUGGAGCUGUUUUUGACCCAUCCAGUUCAUCCUUGUAGUUUAUAUAUUCAAUUAACAGUCAGAAUUUCCCAUAAAUUUUUGAAAUGCAUAGUGAGUUUUAUGAA